AUGGCGCAACCUGUUAGCACCAGGAAGCGGCACCGGCUCGCCAGCACCACCGACACCACGUCGACCGACGGUACUGGUGCCUUGGGGUCACAGCCAGGUAUAGAUAUCCCUUCAACUAAGAACACCCGAGGGCCGUGUCGGCAGUUGAAGACGGCGAAGGUCACCCAGGUGACCAACAGUCGUAUUAGCAUCUGA